UUCAAAUACCACAAAUACGGCAAGUACUACCUAAAAACUUACAUCCUAGGUUUUCGAUUAUCUCUUGAUAAUUUAAAGGACAUCUUUACAUUCUUCACAAUGCCGGUUCCCAAUCUUGAAGAGAAUGGUCAAGAAGAACAAGUUGCGAGUGUAGUGGAUCAACAAUCUGAAUCUGAAAAUGAAACGGCAGCCACCGUUAAUGAGAUAGUAAUAAUUGAUCCAGACACCUUCGAAUUAGAUUUGAAUCAUGGUCGUAUUGAUAAACUACAAAAUCUGGAACCAUUAACUUGCAUCGAGAGAUUAUAUCUCCGUUGGAAUUUAAUAACUAAAAUUGAAAAUUUGGAUACAUUGGUUACAUUAAAAGAAUUGGAAUUAUAUGACAAUCAAAUUACCAAAAUAGAGAAUCUUGGAGCUUUGGUAAAUUUGGAGAUUUUAGAUUUGUCCUUUAACAGGAUUAAAGAAAUUGAAGGUUUAGAGAAUUUAAAAAAAUUGCAAAAGCUGUUUUUGUCUUCUAAUAAGAUAAGCCACAUUCAGAACUUAAAUUAUUUAGAAAACCUGAAUCUCUUAGAGCUUGGUGAUAACAAAAUAAGAGACAUAGAAAACUUAGAUGGUUUGACUUCUCUUCAGUACCUAUAUUUGGGCAAAAAUAAAAUCACAAAAAUUAAGAAUUUAGAUGGAUUGGUAAACUUGACUUGUUUAAGUUUACAAAGUAACAGAAUAACUGUAAUUGAAAAUCUGGAUAAUUUAAAAGAGUUAACUGAGCUCUAUUUAUCAGAAAAUGGAAUUAUGAAAAUUGAAAAUUUGAAUGAAAAAACUAAGCUUGAAACUUUAGAUCUAGCUCAAAAUAAAAUUAAGGUAAUCGAGAAUAUUGGGCAUUUAUCAGAGCUGACAGAAUUUUGGAUGAACAAUAAUGAAGUUAGCGAUUGGGGUUGUGUGGAAAAUUUGUCUGCUCUCAAAAAAUUGGCAACAGUAUACUUAGAGAAGAAUCCUGUUGCUGAAGAUCCCAUGUACAGAAGAAAGUUAAAGAUAAUUGCACCUUCACUGUCACAGAUUGACGCAACUUUAUGUCGCUAGAUAAUGCACAUUAACAUCUUUAAUAAGUGUUUAAUAGAUUUUAAGGCUAAGAAUAUUUUCUUUUUCUAUUUGGUAUACUAAGAACCAUAGGGACCUAUGUUAAAUUAUCUUCAUAAACAUACCGUUAAUCUAUAUAAAUCAAAGAUAAUUAUUAUAAUACCUCGACAGACCAAAAACUUAAUAAAACCUGGAUAAAAUACAUAUAAAUAAUAACAAGAAAUGAAAAAAACAAUAUAAACCAAAAAUUCAUCAAAACAAAUUUUUUCUGAUGAAUUAAUUCACUAAAGCAUUUUAACAUUUCUUCAUGAACAUUUCCGGUAGUAAUGGUGUAUUUUUAUUUAUUAUCCUUAAUUGUAUUUUCUGAAUGUAAUUUGUGAAAAGUAGCUGUAGUUGUACUUAAUAUAAUAUUGUAUUGCCCAUUGUUUUCACACUUGUCCUAAAUAUUUAUGUUUUAAAUGUUACAGUUGGUGUCAUAGUUUAGUUUUAAGAAAGGAAAUAUUUUCAAAAGAUGUAAGUUGAUUCUAUUUUGAACUAAAAAUGAUGUUUUUAAACUUUGGAUUUAUAGUAAUUAAUUUUAAAUAUAAGAAAAAUACUAAAUCGAUUAGCUUCCUCACAUCUACUUAAAUGUUGUUUAACCUCUCUUUUAUAAAUAAAAAUG